AUGUCUACAGACCCAUCUAGAAUAAUAUUACACUAUUUAGAAAAAUCACGUUGUCAUAGAAUUGUUUGGUUAUUAGAAGAAUUGAAUAUCGAAUAUGAUUUAAGAUUAUAUCACAAGAAUCCAUAUGAUCAAUCAGCUAUAAAAGAUAUUUUCCAAGUAUCACCAUUAGGUAAAUCUCCUAUAUUAGAAUUACAAUAUCAAGAUAAACCAAAGUUAAUACUAUUUGAAAGUGGUCAUAUUAUAAAUUAUUUGAUUGAUCAUUAUGAUAAUGAUUUAAAACCUAUAACUGAAGAAGGAAUUAUAAAACAUGAUUAUUUUACAUUCUUGAUAGAAUCUUCAAUAAGUGAAAAUAUUACAUUUAUUUUAGCGUUAAAGAAUUUUCAAUCAGGAUUGAAUGAUUCAUCAGAUGUUCAAGAGUAUAUCAAAGUUUUCAAUAAGGGAUAUAAUUUUAGACAAUUGGAAUUAAAACUUGAUGAGUUAGAAGUUCAGCUAUCCAGUGGAUCUAAUUAUCUAAUAGAAGAUAAAUUAACAAGUGUUGAUAUCUUAUUAUCAUUUUAUACUCAUAUCAUAUUUGACACUGAUUUAGUUGAUAUUAGUAAAGAUAGAUAUCCUUAUUUAUCAAAAUGGUGGGGGAAUACCUUGAAACAAGAUGGCCUAAUUAAAGCUAAUAAACGUGUUUUAUUAGAAGGUGAUAAUAAAUAUCCAGUUUGGUUUGAUUGA